UCUUGCAGUAUUGUUUACAGGUUGUAUCUGUUAUGUUUGUGGGUCAUCUUGGAGAGUUAGCUCUCUCUGGUGCUUCAAUGGCUACUUCCUUUGCAACUGUGACUGGAUUUAGUUUACUGAUGGGAAUGGGAAGUGCAUUGGAUACAUUCUGUGGUCAGUCCUAUGGAGCAAAACAGUAUCAUAUGCUCGGCAUACAUAUGCAGAGGGCCAUGUUUGUGCUAGUACUUGUUAGCAUUCCCCUUGCUUUUAUCUGGGCAAACACAGAGCCUAUCCUUUUGGCUGUUGGACAAGAUCCAGAUAUAGCAGCAGAAGCAGGAGUUUAUGCUCGAUUCAUGAUCCCAAGCCUUUUCGCAUAUGGUCUUCUCCAAUGUCAUGUCAGAUUCUUACAAACACAAAACAUUGUCUUUCCAAUGAUGAUAAGCUCAGGAGUUGUAGUUCUCCUACAUUUCUUUUUCUGUUGGAUUUUGGUGUUCAAAUCUGGAAUGGGUAACAUCGGAGCUGCUUUGGCCAAUUCCAUCUCUUAUUGGAUGAAUGUACUAUUGUUGGCACUCUAUGUCAAGUUCUCUCCUGCCUGCAAGGACACUUGGACUGGUUUCUCGAAGGAAGCAUUACAUGGUGUCCUCAAAUUUUUAAGGCUUGCAGUUCCCUCAGCUGUCAUGGUUUGCUUGGUAAUGUGGUCAUUUGAGCUGAUGGUUCUCCUAUCUGGUCUUCUUCCGAAUCCAAAGCUAGAAACAUCAGUUCUGUCAAUCAGCCUCAACACAGCCGGAUUGGUUUGGAUGAUCCCUUUUGGACUUAGUGGAUCCAUAAGUACACGGGUUUCCAAUGAAUUGGGUGCUGGGCAUCCUCAAGCUGCACAUUUAGCAGUACUGGUUGUGUUAGUCUUGGCCAUUACUGAGGGCAUUCUAGUUGGCACAACCUUGAUCUUAUUGCGUAGAGUUUGGGGUUUUGCUUAUAGUAAUGAAAAGGAAGUAGCAAAAUAUGUGGCAAAAAUGAUGCCAGUGCUUGCUCUGUCCAACUUCUUGGAUGGAAUCCAAUGUGUGCUUUCAGGCACAGCAAGGGGAUGUGGUUGGCAGAAGAUUGGUGCUUUCAUUAAUUUAGGAGCUUAUUACCUUGUGGGCAUUCCUUCUGCUAUUUUAUUAGCUUUUGUCCUCCAUAUUGGAGGAAUGGGACUCUGGUUGGGUAUUAUAUGUGCUCUGUGUGUGCAAGUGUUAGCUCUUUUAAUCAUUACAUUCCGGUCUAAUUGGGAGGGGGAAGCAAAGAAGGCUACAGACAGAGUCUCUGACUCCAUGAUCCCCAAAGAUAUGGUUUCAAGAAGCUGAAUUACUGAAACUUUAUAUCUAAGAACAUUCAUAAAAAAUCUAAGGCAGGCAAUUCACAAUUAGUUCCACACUACAUAGGGUGGUCCUCUAAAAGGAAUACCAGCUCAAGGUGCAAAUAAAGCUGGAAACCCACAUGCCUCAUUUUGUUGGGAGCAUUACUUGAUCAAAGAUUUAGCUCUAAAUUGUUGGUCAAUAAGGAAGUUCCUAACAAUCACUACAGAGUGAAGGAAGUACAAGGUGGGUAAGUCUUUUACAGACUUAUGUAUUCAAUUUGAAGAACAGAACACUUGCAGAACA